CAAAAGUUAAAAAAAAAAAAAAAACUUUGGUGAGAAGUCUAUAAAAGCUGUGUGUUCCCAAAGAUUCGUCCUAUUUGGCAGCUGCUGCCUCAUCCACAGCUUCAGAUCUCUAAGACUCUCCUCUCCCAAACUACCUGUCACCAUGGCCCACCGAUUUCCAGCCCUCACCCCAGAACAGAAAAAGGAGCUCUCAGAAAUUGCCCAGCGUAUUGUCGCCAAUGGGAAGGGGAUCCUGGCUGCCGAUGAGUCUGUAGGCACCAUGGGAAACCGCCUGCAGAGGAUCAAGGUGGAGAACACGGAAGAGAACCGCCGGCAGUUCCGAGAGCUCCUCUUCACUGUGGACGACUCCAUCAACCAGAGCAUCGGGGGUGUGAUCCUGUUCCAUGAGACCCUCUACCAGAAGGACAGCCAGGGAAAGCUGUUCAGAAACAUCCUUAAGGAAAGGGGGAUCGUGGUGGGGAUCAAGUUAGACCAAGGAGGUGCUCCCCUUGCAGGAACAAACAAAGAAACCACCAUUCAAGGGCUCGAUGGCCUUUCUGAGCGCUGUGCUCAGUAUAAGAAAGAUGGCGCUGACUUUGGGAAGUGGCGUGCUGUGCUGAGGAUCGACAACCAGUGUCCAUCCAACCUCGCUAUCCAGGAAAACGCCAACGCCCUGGCCCGCUACGCCAGCAUCUGUCAGCAGAAUGGGCUGGUCCCCAUUGUUGAACCAGAGGUAAUACCUGAUGGAGACCACGACAUGGAACACUGCCAGUAUGUUACUGAGAAGGUCCUAGCUGCUGUCUACAAGGCCCUAAAUGACCAUCAUGUUUACCUGGAGGGCACCCUGCUGAAGCCCAACAUGGUGACUGCUGGACAUGCCUGCACCAAGAAGUAUACUCCAGAGCAAGUGGCUAUGGCCACUGUCACAGCUCUCCACCGUACUGUUCCUGCAGCUGUUCCUGGCAUCUGCUUUUUGUCUGGUGGCAUGAGUGAAGAGGAUGCGACUCUCAACCUCAAUGCUAUCAACCUUUGCCCUCUACGGAAGCCCUGGAAACUAAGUUUCUCUUAUGGACGGGCUCUGCAGGCCAGCGCACUGGCUGCCUGGAGUGGCAAGGCUGCAAACAAGAAGGCGACUCAGGAGGCUUUUAUGAAGCGGGCUGUGGCUAACAGCCAGGCAGCCCAAGGCAAGUACGUCCACACGGGCUCUUCUAGUUCUGCUUCCACCCAGUCUCUCUUCACAGCAUCCUAUACCUACUAGAACCGGAGGCAGGCCAGCUGGCUCCAGCUCUGCUCCGUGUCUUGGUAGGAGGGCUGAAAGGGAACAACCUUUUCACCGACCCUGGAAUUUAGACAAAAUUAGAUUGGAACUAUUGGAAACACAAUACAUGUUAAAUUCUUAGACACAAGGAAAAAUAUCAGUUAUUGAAACUUAAGUCUGAAUAUCAAGGACCUGACGAAAUUCAGGCUUCCUUGCCACACUUCCAAGUGCCCCACGCCCCAGAGUACCAUCUAAGAAAAGAAUAAGACUUUAAAAUCAGCUGUCCAUCCAAAUAACGACCACUGAAUGAAACAUCUCAGAAGCCGAGGGCAGAGAAAUGCUUCUUAUGAAACUUUCUUAGCAGUGGUAGGGGAUAAAGGAGACAGGUGCAACCAAAGAAGAAAUAAAAUCUGCUGCGAACCUUC